AUGUUAAGUGAUUCAUUGGUAAAUGAUAUUGAAUUAUUCGCUAACCAUGCAGAACAGUUACGUCGAUGUCUUGACCCGUCAGAAAAUGUCAAAGAUGAAUUAGAUGGUGAUACAAUGUGCGUAUCGGUUCACUCGGCACUUUCGAUGGUAUCACAAACGGUUCGUGACCUGUUAGUACGUUAUCCUGCCUUCAAAACAACUCACGUUUUACUUCCUGCAAGUCAACUCAUUCACAGUGUGAAAGAAUUGAAUUUUGAUAAUUCCAAUGUUGACGCGUCACGGACUUUUGCAUGUUUGGAAAAAUUAGAAGCAGCAGUAGGCAACACUCUCAAACAGUCUCUGUAA